AUCAGUUCUCACAGGAGGGACGGAGACAUGGACGGGAUUUAUCCACGCUUCACCGUGAGGACUUCCUUCAGCUUUCUUCUUCUGAUUCUGCUUCAAACGUCCACUGAUGCCCAGAACAUCUGUAAGGCUCCUUUACAGGUGAACGUUAGGGAAAACAACGCGGUGGGUGAUGUCGUGGUGACGAUCACUGUCCAACCAGGGGUGACCCUGGAGUUUAAACCUCCCCCUGCAAACCCCGACAACCAUUUCCUUCUCGAUGGAAACAAUCUGAUAGCUGCAAGCGUGUUGGAUUAUGAGACUAACAAAACUCAUACUGUCAGUAUCACCUGCACGGAAACAGCCACAGCUUCCAAGCUGGACAUCAUUGUGAUUGUAAUUGUGGAAAAUCUGAAUGAUAACCGUCCAGUCUUUGCUCAUGACACCAACCUUGUGAAAGUUAAUGAGAUGUCUCCUGUAGACACAAGCGUGGGCCGCUUCCCCGCCACAGACUUAGACGGCGACCUAAUCUACUACAAACUGACACCUGAAUCUACUGGUUUUAAACUAAGAUCACCUACCAAUCCGGAUCUCCUCGUUGAGACACCUCUCGACUAUGACAAAGUCAAAAAUGUCGAACUGAUAUUAUUCGCUCAGGACACACCAUUGGCACCGGCCAGUAGCAGGAUGCCAUUCAAUGCCAGCACCACCAUCAUGGUCACCAUCUUAGACGUGGACAACAGGCCGCCGUGGUUCCAACCCUGCAGCAAGCACGAGGUCGGGGGGGCUGUGAUCUGCCAGAGUGCCGGCUACACCACCAAGGUCGUCUUAAACGAACAAGAGACCGGAGUAUUACCUCUGGAACCAGGACCGCUGUACGCCAUCGACGGAGACUCAGGGAUAAAUCAGGCAAUGGCGUACUCAUUCUUGAAUGGAGAUGCUGACGGCCUGUUUGCGAUCAACCCAAACACGGGGAACAUCACCAUGCUGAAGCCGACCGAUGUUUUGGAGACGAUAAGUCUGACAGUGCUGGCUGCUCAGAGGACGAACAGUUAUCAGUUUGCCACCACCAGCGUCACAGUCAGCGUGCAGGUGAAGAGUUUCCACCCUCCAAAGUUUCAGAGUCCUCACUACGAAGGUGUCAUCACCGCAGUCGGCGUCAUGGCGAUGGACCCGAAGAACAAGGACCAGCCGCUGCGGAUCCUCGCCACGGAUGAUGACUACAACGCCACUGGGGGUCUAAAUCCCCACAUCACUUACUACGUUGAUGGGAACAGUGAUUUCUCCAUCAUUGGCGGCUAUUUGUUCAUGACAAAGGAUCUCCCAGAGGCCACAUUAUCUCUAAAAGUGGUGGCAAUGGACACGUCUAACGAAGAAUCGGCAACAGCUCAGCUCUCAGUGGAGGUGACAUCAGGUCUCACCACGACCAGUUUGCCUCAGAGCACUACAGACAUUACGGUAAUGACGUCCACAGGGGAAUCCACCACCGACCUCGGUACGACCAGUGAAAGCAUCGUCUCCACCACCGACCUCGGUACGACCAGUGAAAGCAUCGUCUCCACCACUGAUCCUAGUUUGACCAGUGAAGGAAGCGUUUCCACAGCCAGCACAGCUCACCCAGGUGGCUACGGACUGGUGGAAAUGGCAGCGCUCGGUGCAACCCUGGGUGUCCUGCUGUUUAUCUGUCUCGUGGUCAUCGUGGUGCUCGCUGUUUGCAUUCGUAAAGGGAAAGCCAACUGGAAAAAGAUCGACGAAGCCAGCAUGUUCCAAAGCUCUUUGGGUCAAGGUUCGGGGGGUGAGAAGGAGGGCAUCCAGUACACCAAUGAGGCCUUCCAGAACGAUGAAGAUGGAGGCAGCACUGGCUCCGGCAGUCCAACGGGGAAAAGCGACGAGGCCAUCGUGAAGUCUUCGGUGCCUCUGCACGUCCUCCUGCGCGACGACACCAGCCACGAUGGAUCGGACAACGCCGACGGCGAGAAGGAGGUGAAACCCAUCCUGACCAAGGAGAGACGCAUGGACGACGGGUACAAGUCGGUCUGGUUUAAGGAGGACAUCGACCCCGACGCCAAGGAGGAAGUGGUCAUUAUCCCCGACAGCAGAGAGGACAACAGCGAGGACGAGGACGAGCAGUCAUCCAGCGACAGAGAGGAGAACGGAGACGACACCCCGAGGGUCGUCUUUAACGAUGCCGAUCUGGACAGCGGACUCGGGGUGAAGAUGGAGGAUCCAGCAGAGGACUCGGAGGAUGACAACAUGUUGACCGCUGAUCUGUGAAAGAACGCCAAAAGGGAAAGACGAGUACAUAGCGGGAACCACCCUCAAUAAAAUCUAAUGAUUAAUUAUCAGCAGUCUUGUAACCAUAGAUACAAAACAUAUUUAUAUCUAUGGUUGUAACACUCUGCCUUAUCAGUCCAUCACAGAGAACCAGUGACACAGAAACAGAUCUGAACGCACCUUAUGAAAAUAGGAGUAUGAGGAUUUUAAAUAAAUGGAACCUUUUAUUCUUUAUGUAAAUACUUAACGUGUCAAUAAUUAAUAUAGUGUAACCUGAUUAAAGAUAUAUACUGGUAUAUACAGUAUAUGUUCAUGUUAAAGAAAUUAGUUUGAGGCUACUGAGAUCAGUGUAGUGGCAAUACGUUUCUGUGGACCCCUAGUGGUCCUUACUAGCAUUGCAGUUAUCGUCCAAGGUUU